AAUAAAGAUCGGAGAGUGUGUGACACAGUUUCUGAAUUAGAAGAGAAUCUGAGAGAUACCCCCAACCUAAGGUCCGGAAAUCCUCCCGAACCCCACCUCUCAAAAUCAAACUUCCCCCCUUUUCUCACAUAACUCUCAUUUUCUCUCUCCUCUUUCUCGUGUUUAAACCAUGGCAUUUUCUGCAACUUUUCGUUUCCAUUAAAUCUCGUAACUUCCAAACUUAAAUGAUGUAUAUCACCUUCAUUUUCCCAUGUUUACUCAAAUACAAACCUUAAAUUUCACUUAAUCUGAUUUUUUUUUUCCGGAAAUGAUGAUCUUGACCUAAUUUUAUCAGUCCAGAAAACUAGCUUCAUCUGAGCUUUUCUCUCGGUUCUUUGAAUAUAAAAAAAUAAAAUUAAAUGCUGAGAGCAACUACCUCAAUCAAAUUCACAUGCAUCCUUAGAAAUUAAUUAAUUCUCAAUCUUGGAAAAUAAAAUAUAAAAUCAAUUUAAUUUGUCGACUCUUCAUUUUCUUACUACUACUACUCAUAUUAGUUAUUACUCCAUCACAAUCUGAACCCAUUUUUUUCUACCCUUAAAUUAUUGGCCCACAUUUAUUGAAAUGAUGAUUUAUAGCUUUUGAAUAAUUGAGUUGGGUUUUUUUUGUUGUUUUUUCAAAUAAUUAAGUGAAAAAAGGAGAAAUUAGAUUAAUGGAGUCAAUUUCAGAGAGACCCACAUCUUCAUCUUCUUCAUCAUCAUCUUCAUAUUCUAGGGAACAUGAUCCUUUGUUGAGGGAUUUGAGUGAGAAAAAGCAAAACUUUAAGAGAAACGUGGUGUCAUUGGCUGCUGAGUUGAAGGAAGUUCGAACUCGUCUUGCUGUGAAAGAGCAAUCUUAUGCUAAAGAAACCCUAACAAGACAGGCAUCAGAGGCAAAGGCAAAGGGAAUGGAGGAGGAAGUAUAUAGAUUACAUAAAAGCUUGGAGGAGAGAAAUAAGCAAUUACAAGCAUCAGCUUGUAAUGCUGAAAAGUACCUCCACGACCUGGAUGAUCUUAGAACUCAGCUUACGGUUACUCGAGCAACAGCAGAUGCAAGUGCUGCCUCAGCUCAAUCAGCCCAACUGCAGUGUUUCACUUUGCUGAAGGACCUCGAUGAAAAGAAUAAUUCAAUAAAGGAACACGAAGAUCGUGUCAAGAGGUUGGCAGAGCAAUUAGAUAAACUGCAGAAGGAUCUUCAAGCGAGGGAGAAUUCCCAAAUGCAACUGAAAGAUGAAGUCAUGAGAGUUGAGCAUGACAUCAUGGAAGCUGUGGCAAAAGCUGGCAUGAACAAGGAUUGUGAACUUAGGAAAAUUUUAGACGAGAUCUCCCCAAAGAACUUUGAUAACAUGAACAGGCUACUGUCUGCAAAGGAUGAAGAAAUUGCCAAACUGAGAGAUGAGAUCAGGAUUCUGUCUACCCAUUAUAAAAUAAAAAUCAAGGAAUUGGAAACACAGUUGGAGAAGCAUCGGAAGGCUGAUCAAGAGUUGAAGAAGCGAGUUCUGAAAUUGGAAUUCUGUCUCCAGGAAGCUCGUUCUCAGACAAGAAAGCUUCAGCGGAUGGGGGAGCGAAGGGACAAGGCUAUAAAAGAACUGAGGGACCAAUUAGCUACGAGGCAACAGGUUGUGGCGAAGAGUGACGAGAAGGAGAACUUCUGGGAAAGCUCAAAUUUUAAGAUCCUGGUUUCUAUGUCCAUGUUGGUCUUGGUAGUCUUCUCGAGGCGGUAAAUUAUUGUUGUUAAUAAGUUUAGUUUGUAGAAUGUAAGGGAAUCUUAUCUUAAGAUUCCAUCUUUAGGAUAUUAGGAUGAUCUACAGAGGCCAUUGUCUGAAAAAGAAAACAGCCUCUUUUGGCCCUAUUUCUCAGUUAGUGUAUCUGCAGAAAACUGCUUUUUUGAUGCCUCUUCAAGUAGAAUAUUCCAGAUCACAUGAAUGUACAAUUUUAGUGUUACAUAUAUCAGAAGGAAAACAAUAUUAUGAA